CGGCAGCAUCCACCUCAUUCACUUCAUGGGAGUGAGGUUGUGAGGGGUGAGAAGUGUUUGUGGUGGACGCAAACACUUCCAGCUUAUUGCGGUAUUUAAGUGGACUUAAAUCGUGUCAUGGCCAGCCAGCGCCCGUGGGCCGAGAUGCGCCAGACGCUGCACCAGCUGCGCCGCUCGCUCAGCGCGCUCUCGUCGCGCACACCGCAAGACUUCUCGUUCCGCCGGCUGCCCGACGGCCAGCUGCGCGUCUACUUCCUCAGCGCGCGCACGGGCUCUGAGAACCAACUGUGCUACGUGGACGUGGCGCCGGACGCCGCCAGCGAGAACGCCAAGCUGCCCUGGCAGCAGGUGUUCGACCCCACGUUCCAGUGCGUGCGCUAUGGCAGCCGGUCGAGCCGCGCCGAGCAGCUGCAGCUGGAGCGUAAGCGGGUGGUCGGCUGCGGCAUCACCGAGUACAGCCUGCACCGCGCAUCUGGCAAGUUCAUCUUCACCGCCGGCAACAGCGUCUACCACGUGACGGACGACAGCUCGCGGGGCACGGUAGCGUUCCCCUAUGAGAUCCCGAGCAGCCGCGGCCAGCCGCGUCUCAACCCCACCAUCUGCCCCUCCAACCCGGACCUGAUGGCCUACGUGGAGGACGGCGACAUCUGGGUGGCCAGCACGCGCACAGACGUGGACGUGCGGCUGACGUUCUCGCACCAGGAGGACGAGGCCCUGAGCGCCGGCUUCCCCUCGUACGUGAUGCAGGAGGAGUUCUCGCGCUUCGUCGGCUUCUGGUGGGCGCCCACCUCGUCAGACGGCGUGUACCGGAUCCUGUACGAGGAAGUGGACGAGACGCACGUGGAGGUGCUGUACCUGAACACGGCGCAGGAGGGCGGCGAGCCCGAGGCCAUCAGGUACCCCCGGGCCGGCUCGACCAACGCCAGCUCGGCGCUGAAGCUGCUCGAGUUCCGGCUGGACCCGGCGCAGGGCGUGACGGCCGUGACGCGCCGCCACCUGCAUACGCCGCUCGCCUCCAUGUUCCCGUGGAUGGAGUACCUGGUGCGCGUCGGCUGGCUCGACGAGCAGUUCGUGCACUGCCAGCUGCUGGACCGGUCUCAGUGCCGGCUGGACCUGGUGCUGGUGCCGGUGGCGCUAUUUGUGUCAGACGAGCCGGUGCCGGGGCCGCCGCCCUCCGCCGCCGUCCAGCUGCUGCUCUCCUCCCAGACCGACGUCUGGAUUAACGUGCACGACACCUUCCACGUGAUCCCCACCAGUGACCCGGACCAGAUCUGCUUCCUCUGGAUGGACGACUCGUCCGGGUACACGCACCUGUACCUGGUCACCGCCCAGAUCAGCCGCCAGCCGGGACCCCGCGCCACCGGGCAACCGCCCAUGACCAGCAAGGUGCCGCUCACCUCCGGACAGUGGAAUGUCGACAACAAACACGUCUGGGUGUCCGAGAAGCACGGCGUCGUCUUCUUCCAGGGCAGCCGCGACACGCCGGUGGAGCGCCACCUGUACGUGACCUCGUUUGUUCAGCCCGGGCGCGUGCAGCAGCUGACCCAACCGGGGUUCUACCACAACGCCCUUCUGAACGAGGACUGCACGGCGCUGGUGACCGUGCUCAGCAACUUGGCGACGCCGCCCAGCUGUCAGGUGUGGCACGUGCACGCCGGCGGCGCCGGCGGCGACGUGCAGCUGGUGCCGGCCGGCCUCAUCAUGGAGCCGUGCUCGUUCGAGCCGCCGCGCUGGCUGCCGCAGCUGCACAAGUGCCGCUCGGCCGGCGGCGGCGAGUCCCUCUACUGCAUGGUGUACCCGCCGGCCGGCUACGUGCCCGGCCGACGCUACCCCACCGUCGUCAACGUCUACGGCGGGCCCCAGGUCCAGGUGGUCGCCAACACGUUCAAGGGGUACAGGAACCUGCGCAACCACAUCUUGGCGGCCGAGGGCUACUGCGUGGUGUGCAUCGACUCGCGCGGCUCGCACAACAGGGGCACCAAGUUUGAGGGCCACAUCAAGAACAGGAUGGGCACGGUGGAGAUCCAGGACCAGGUGGACGCGCUGCACCAGCUGUCGGACCUGCUGGGCAUCAUCGAUCUGAGCCGCGUGGCCGUGCAGGGCUGGUCGUACGGCGGCUACCUCAGCCUCAUGGCGCUGGCGCAGCGACCUGAUGUGUUCAAGCUGGCGGUGCCGGGCGCGCCCGUCGUCUCCUGGGGCCUCUACGACACGGGCUACACGGAGCGCUACAUGGACCUGCCCUGCCGUAACCCGUGCGGUUACGAGGCCGGCUCGGUGCUGAGCUAUGCCAACCAGUUCCCCAGCGAGCCCAACCGGCUGCUCAUCUUCCACGGCCUCAUGGACGAGAACGUGCACUUCUUCCACACGCAGCAGCUGAUAUCGGCACUGAUCCGGGCCGGCAAACCGUACCAGCUCCAGGUGUACCCGAACGAACGGCACAGUUUACGGGCGCUGGAGUCUAGCGAACACUACGAGCUGACGCUGCUGAACUUCCUCAACAACUACCUGUGAAGCGUGCGAGGCGGCGAGACCGGCGUCUGUCCACCCUUCCUCAACAACUGCUUGUGAAGCGUGCGAGGCGGCGAGACCGGCGUCCGCCCACCCAGCGAGAGCGCGGCGGCUCGGUCGGCUUCCCCUGUGCAGAUCUGCAUGAGCUGGCCGCCCCGAAGCACCUCCGGUCCGCCGUGUGGAGCGGCCGGGCGCCGGCGCCUUCGACGAGGUCGCUCGCUCAGGGGGCGUCCGCGACCGCUGCUUGGGGCUUUCAUUGGCCGUCGUCAGCCUCCCGGGGCUCUUAGUGGGCGUCUGGAGGGUCGCAGGAGCUCUCCGGGAUGGCCUUCAGGUUUCGGAGGGCACUCGGGUACCUCCGCCAGGAGACGAGACGGCCGGGAGGGAGCGUGGUGAGCUCAUGAACCUCGGAGAGCGCUGUCUGUAAGCCGUAUUCCUAAUUUUGCAUCGCUCUAGCUAGUGAACGGGAUGUAUUCAUCUUAUUUUGACCUGUAGACGAGAUCUUUUACUAACGCAUUUCACGCGGCGUUAGCACCGGCUAUGUUUUAUGGUAUCCGAAGAAGGCCUAUUUUGUCUUCUUGGGAUCGGUGGCAUGUCGUACAACAUCACGAAAGCCAUGCACCCCUGGUCGAGACGUUUUACUGGUGUACUCUGAACUGUGUGAACUAAGAUACCCUGAUACCCUGGCUCUCUUAAUAACAGCGCAGGAUCUCC